AUCAGUGCCCACGCUGCUGCUGCUGCUCUUGGAACUCUGCGAGGGAAAGAAGUUGUUGUUUUAGAUUCAGCUACUCAGAACAAAAGUUCCAAGUAGCACGGGCUAUGGUGAGCCCGUAGUGGACUUACCUGGCACAGGAGCGGGGCUGUGGAGAGGAAAGGAAGGCUUUGUACACUAAUAUACACUCUACGUCGGCUCCCGGCAGGUAGUUGUAUUUCCCAGAGAACCUUAUUAAAGUACCCGGAAGCAAGCAACAACUGGUGCAUGUAUCGCCAGGAGUUACAGGGUUAUUGAUAGAUUUCAAGUUUUCCCUUUGAUCGUGGUGCGAGGAAGUCAGCAGAUUGAUUGAUAAAAGAUUAAAGCCACCCCAGAGGUGGCACGGCCAUGAAUAGCCAAAGACAACAGAUCUUGCAACGUCAUAGACUAUUAGUUGCAAGCCUUUAACGUGCAACAAAUAAGGAUCAUAUUUUCAUCUGAAAGGCAUAUAUUUUCCAUAGGCUGUAAGAAAGUGGUUUUGGUGUCAAGUGUCGACCCAUAAAUCACAGCAACCAAGAAAAAUCUGCAGAUUUUACACCGCACUUUGAUAUUUCUAAAUUCACACUUACCACAAGAAGAUACUGAACAGAUCUGAAAUGCUAGGAACAGAUUCACUUAAGUUUCUGGAGGACAUAGGAUGUUGUCGACGAUGCAUUCUGGUCUACCUAGGAGUCCGAACAGAUGCUUUAUAUGGUGGACUGGCAGCUAUCAAUUCAGCAAUUCGGGAAGCCACCGAGGAGCUUAAUACAAGCAAGGAGGAGAUUGAUAAUUGUAGCAAAGAUUGCAACAAUUCCGAAUAUGAAGAGAAUCACAAGCUCAAGAAAACUGUGACCCAAGACCCAAAUGAAACUUGCAUGAACACUGACGGAGGAGGCAUUGUUCCUGACAACGGCACUCCUGCACACGUCAUAAAGAAGCAAAAAUGUGCCGUUUGUCUCACCUGCAUUGGAUUGUUACAGUGGGGUUGCUCGGCUGAUGCUGUCAAGCUGCUGAAUGACUCUGUAUCACAAGCAGGACAUGAUGCAGAAUGCUUCACUCUAGCACUGUCCUUUCCAGUCAGUCUGAGUCUGCGAGUUCAUUGGGUCUGGGCACUUCUGCUGCAGGCUUAUCCACACUUCCCGACAAAAGGGCGUGAUGAUCAUGUUGGCACUAUCAAAGAUGUCUGGAAGAAUGUAGUUGGUCCCCAAGUUGCAGAAGUGGUUGGGAAAACCUUUAUUGUUGGGCCUUACCAGGACUUUGUUCUCAAUGUCACAUCUACAUACAUUCAUGACUUGGAAGACUGUAAGAUAAUGGACCAGCUGUGUGGAAGCAUAUUUGCAGCACGUCAAAAGCAACAUAGAAAGUACUCCAACGGUAUAUAUUCCAAACAGGCAGUAGACACAGCCAUUAAGAAAUUACCUGAUCAAGAAUUUCUUAAGGUUUGUCCAUCCCCUCCUUCCAUACCAGAUGAAGCAGUCUCAUUUUCAAGUCUUCAGUGCCAACAGGCACCACUAUACAUGGCUGGUCGGUACAACAAGUACAGCAGAGACUUGCCGCAGACACCAUGGUUUGUUGAGGGUGAACGCAAACUACAAUCCAGUGUGCAGGAGCUGUUGUGUGAACGACUUAGUCAGGCUGUUUGUGCCGAUGAUGUCAAGUUUUCCUCGUCAGGACGAGAAGAUGUUGAUGUUCGGUGUCUCGGGAAUGGCCGACCGUUUGUAUUUGAAUUUAUUAAUCCAUGUCGUUCCAAAUUCUCCAGGGCUGAUUUAAUUAAACUACAGAAUUUAAUAAAUGGUUCCACAAGCUUGAUUCAUCUGAGGGACCUUCAAAUUGUUGACAGGAAAGAUAUAAAAAACCUAAAAGAAGGUGAAGAAGAGAAAACUAAGGCUUAUUGUGCCCUUUGUGUUUCACGCAAAGGAUAUAAUCCUGCUAUACUGGAGAGAUUAACAACUGUGCCAGAGCUUACCCUCCAGCAGAAGACACCGCUUCGAGUUCUCCACAGACGCCCACUUGCCACCAGACCCAGAGUUAUCCAUAGCAUGAAAGCCUCACCCGUUGAUGAUAAUUUUUUUAAGCUUCAUCUAACAACACAAGCUGGAACUUACAUCAAGGAAUUUGUUCAUGGUGACUUUGGGCGCACAUCUCCGGACCUGGGAUCUAUUUUAGGCCUUGAAGUUGAUAUAGUUGCUUUGGAUGUUGAGAAUGUUGCUUUGGAUUGGCCACCGAGCUGUGAUAAAUGACAUUAAAGUAAUAUAUGAAAUGGAAUAAAAUAAAAAUUCUC